AUGGGUGACAAAACUUUUGUAGCAGCAAUGUAUCCGUGGUUCGGCAUGGGCCACCUUACAAGUUUCCUUCAUCUUUCCAAUAAACUUGCAGAAAGAGGCCACAGAAUCUUCUUCUACAUACCAGCCAGAACACUCUGCAAGUUAGAGCAGUUUAAUCGACACCCCGAUCUCAUUACUUUCAUACCGAUCUCUGUCCCUCAUGUUGAAGGCCUUCCUGCAGGUGCCGAAACAACUGCUGAUAUUACCUAUCCAAUGCAGCCUCAUCUUGUGACUGCCAUGGACUUGACACAGCCCUUUAUUGAAGCUUCUCUGAGAGAACUCAAACCGCAGUUUGUUUUCUUUGAUUUUACCUACUGGUUGCCAUCACUGGCUCGCGCCUUAGGUAUUAAGACUAUUUAUUUUAGCACCGUAUGCUCUGCAGUUCGCGCAUACAAUCUGAGGGAAACUGGCUCUUUCAAGAAUUUACAGUUGAAAGAAACUGAUUUGCUGGAACCUCCUCCGGGAUUUCCCCUGGCAUCGAUGAUCAAGCUCUAUGCACAUGAAGCUCGCCAGUUCUUUGAUCAACAUGUAAGAGAAUUUGGCAAAAACAUUUCAUUCUCUGAACGCAUUUCAACCUCAUACACUGAAUGUGAUGCCAUUGCUUUUAAAACUUGUCGAGAACUAGAAGGCCGGUACUGUGAUUAUGUUCAGGAUCAUUACAAGAAAGCUAUUCUACUUGCAGGGCCAGUUUUGCCAGAACCACCAACUUCUAAACUAGAUGAAAAAUGGGCAAAUUGGCUGGGGCAGUGCAAGCCCAAGUCAGUCAUUUUCUGCGCAUUUGGAAGCGAGUGUGUCCUGAAAAAAGAUCAGUUUCAAGAGUUAGUAUUGGGGUUUGAGCUCACUGGUCUUCCCUUUUUAGCUGCCCUUCGACCACCAUUUGGGGCAGAAAAUGUGGAAGCAGCAUUGCCUGAAGAUUUUACCGAAAGGAAUCAAGGAAGAGGUGUAGUGACUGGAGGAUGGGUUCAGCAGCAACUAAUACUGGCACAUCCAUCUGUGGGAUGCUUUGUUACUCAUUGUGGAUAUGGGUCUUUGUCGGAGAGUUUGAUCAGUGAAUGCCAGUUGGUACUGCUACCGAAUGUGGGUGAUCAAUUUAUCAAUGCAAGGGUGAUGGGCAGAGACUUGAAAGUAGGCGUGGAGGUGGAGAAAGCCGAAGAUGGUACAUUUACAAAAGAUGCAGUUUGCGAGGCUAUACAAUCAGUGACAGAUCCUGACAGUGAGGUCGGAAAGGAAGUAAGAGGAAACCAUAACAAGUUUAGAGAGCUUCUGCUGCAGAAGGGGUUCGAGAGUCGCUACAUUGAUGAUUUUGUCCAGAAAUUGCAAGGACUUCUGCAGUGAUGUUCUGUUAUAUUUGCUUCUAAUAAAUUGGGUAUGCUGAAUUAAACCAAUUUAUAAGCACAUUUAGACUUUAGAUUGAUGGUUCUGUUUUAACUAAAUUAAGGUGGUAAGAUUUAUUAUGCUGUAUUGGUAUAUUGGUUCCUGAAUUGUUUAUAAACUUCUUCCUGAGACUAGAUGAAGAA